AAAUAGUGAAAUUGAUUGCUGUUUUGAUUUCACUUCAGUGUGCACAGACCUGUGCAGGCGUGUCAAAACGUUGUCGUUUAGUGUCGCACUCCGCAGGUUGCUUCGAUUGAUCGAAUUAGCAUCUUCCGUCGUGCGAAAAGUGUGAAAAUUAGCAUUUGGAGUGAACUGCUCCGGGUUUUUUGCUCACGGAACGAAUGAAUGGACGGAUGCAUGGCGUGUUGACUUGAACUGAUACCUACCUACCUGGCCACAUAAUUUCGAUUCUACAUGCGUAGUCGGUAUCGGUCCGGUCCGGUCGACGUCGGGUGUGCCGUCAGGAUUUUCGUAAACCAGCGGUUUUUAGUGGUCUGGUUUGAUGAUGUAUAAGUGAACAACGAGAGGAAAGAAGCGGAUGACUAUUAUUGCAUCGUCUUCGUAAAGCACUGUGUGCUGCGCUGAGCUGAAACGAACCACCCGCAGCAUCCCCUAUUGUCGCCGUCGGCGUCGUUUGCCGUUUUCAUCGCAAUCAUCACUACAUCAUCAAUAUGGAUCGAGCAGUGGAAACAUCAGGAGUGCGUUUCAAGUUUCUAUCGGUGGUGUUUUAGAAAAUAGUGCUUCCCUAUAACGAAUGGAUCUAUGGUGCUGGCAAAAAUAAAAUAAAAAUAGUUGAUCCAAUCAGUUCAUAUUCGCGAAUAAGAAAGUGAUUGUGAAAUCUUCGAUACUGCAUCCUGUUUCGAGCAACGAAUAGAAAGUGAAAAAUUCGCAACUCAUCACGCUGUAAAUACAACACAUGCCUAUUUGCCCCUGGUGAAACAUUAGAGUGAAAGCAAGAAAAAGAGGAUAUUGCGCUCUUGCUGGUGCAUGGGGUUACAGGAAAAAAAAAGACCAAAGUAACAGUGCAGGAGAAUCCGGAAAAUUGAUGUGCGAAAUCCUAAGCCGCCUCCGCUAGAGUCGCCGAGUGCGCCCUUCUCGUAGAAAGCAGCAUGGAUGAACCGAUCCACGACCCAGAUGAUGGAACAGCCUCAGCGAACGACAGUGAACAAUUUCUCAGAGCAUCGUCGCCAACUUUUCUACUGCCGGUCACCACCGCCAACUCUGCCGGCAGAAACAGCCCCCCUUCAGCAGGAUCGCUGGGGUCUAUCGCGCCAACGAAAGCGAAAGCGCACUCCAUCUGUGACCUAGAUUUGCACUCGCCGGUGAUCGGCCCCUAUCACCACCAUCUGCUGGUAAAACACCACCACCAACACCAUUACCACCACCUGCAGCUUAGCGGCUCUGUCAAAAACGGCAGCAUUAGUAAAUCUCCCACCGUCACCAAAGCCAGUAUCGAAAUGCGGGACAACUACUGCUUCUACCGGUUGCAGCGGUUCGUAUCGCGCAAUCCAGUGCUCAACUACCUGCUGCCGCUGUGUGCGAUAGCGGUGCUAGUGUUUGUGAUCUAUGCCUUCCGGGACUAUGCCAAAACCAUGCUUUACUGGAUCGAGACGCAAAACUCGUGGAUCAUCUUCUGCAUCUUCCUGUGUUUGUUCACGAUCGUCAGCUUUCCGGUAACGGUUGGCUACCUGGUGCUGAUCAUCACCAGCGGCUAUCUGUUCGGCUUCAUCAAGGGCCUGCUGACGGUGGUCAUCGGCGCUAACCUGGGGGUGGCCAUCGCGCACAACACCAUCAAGGGGAUGCAGUCGAAGCUGCCGUUGCAUAAGUUGAUAAAAAAUGAGACUGGCCGUGCCAUCCUGCGGGUGAUAUCAGGACCACGAGCAUUUAAAAUAGUAUUAUUCGCGAGACUGACACCCAUUCCGUUCGGACUGCAGAACACCAUCUUCGGGAUCAGCGCUGUGAAUUCUCGCAGUUACCACACCGGUACGGUGAUAGGUCUGCUACCGGCACAAACAAUCAACGUCUAUCUGGGAUCCAAGCUGCGCUCGAUCCACGAAGUGCUGAAUGAUCACAACGCUGCCCUUGGACUCGCUGGCUACGGAGUGUUUGUUGUAGAGGUUGUGGUUGGUGCAGCUUUAAUGGUAUGGGUCAUACAGAAGGCCCGGACGGAACUAUCAGCGGCUUUGCUGUCCGAUAUGGACUCAGACGAGAAGAUCCUGAUCGAAGUGGAAGCGUAGGAUCGAAAAGAUUUUCGUCAAAGUCGAAAGUCUGGCUACAUCAGCAUUCGUUGUGAGAAUAAUAGGUAUUUAUUCGUUAACCAUUUGUAUAGAAAGUAGAUUAAGUAUAGGGAACGAAAAAAAAAAAAACAAAGAACGAAUCAAGUCGUAUAUUUUAAGAAUGUUUUGAUGGUUAGAUGUAUCCAAAAACUUGAGAGAACUAUUUUAGGAAAGAAAACGGUUUAAAGAUGGUGUUUUGUUCCUAUGAAACAAACAAGCUGAGAGAAUGGUAAAUCAGCAGUAGAAUCUUUUAAUUAAUAUCAAUCAAUUGAUCCACUGUCUAUUGUUAUGUUAUAACCUGAAAACCGUCCAUAAAUCAAGAAUUACUCCGAA